UUCUCAUCACAACAGCCUCAACACUCAACAGAAUAUCAAAGUAUUAAGAUCUUCCAGUUCUAAAUUGAACACCAACCCCUACAGAAAAAAUGAAGUCCGCCAUUCUUGCCAUCAUUGCCACCCUUGCGGCUUCCGUUGCCGCCUCGCCUGUCUCUGAGCGCGCCAUUGGUAGUAUUACCGUAAAGCGCUCUGACAUCUUGAAAUCGGGCGCUUCUAAGCGUGACGAGGACAAAGUCACAGAGGAGAAUAUCUCUGACAGCGUCAACUACAUCCUGAAGCUGUUCCUGGAUGGCGACAAGCGUCCCGACGCUUACCAGGAUGAGAUCGACGCUGCUGAUCCCAAGCAAGUCCUCGGCUAAGAGACUCCGGAAAGGACAGAACCGCCGUCCAUGCGGAAAGAUCCCUCGUGCUUUACAAGAGACUCUAGACCGUGAAAGAUGUUUCAAGGACUGCGCUGGACACUGGCGACUUUGGUUCGAACGGCGGACUGCCAAACCGGGAGUAACUUACUCCAAAGUAGUAAAAGGUGGCAAUCUCACUUUAGUUACGAAGUCUUGCUCUGGGGGCUUAGCUAUAUGAAUUGAGACCAACCGAUGACACCAC